CAAGCCUCACUCAACAUGCAGUCGUUCCUCUUUUUCGGUCUUGCUAUGCUCGUCUCUACGAUGGCCGACGGUGGCGAUGGUCCGUCGAAGGCGCCGUGCACGGAAGCCCAAACGCUCAACGUCACGACGUGGCUUGCCGCGCCCGUGGACGUUGGGUGCUCGACCGCGCUGCCGGCGAUUAAGUCGGCUGCGCAACUGCUUGUAAACUACACGGAUGCCGAGCUCAAGCCCCUUUGCGCGAGCAAAACCUGCAUGACGUACGUCCACGUUGGCUUGAAGGCGCUCCCCAACUGCGUCUCGGGCACGACGGGCAACGCCAACGCCGCCCUCGACGUCGUGCAUGACAAGUGCGACGAACUCACGCCCAAGACGGGCAACCAGACGUCGACGCCGCAACCCAAGUCUAGCAACCAGACCUCGUCGCCGCAGCCCAAGACUGGCAACAACACGACCGGCACGGCUACGCCGACGCCGACUGCGAAGUCGGCCGGCGCUUUGGUCCAGCUUUCGAUGGCUGCUGUGGUCGUGACGGCCGUCGCCGCUUGCGUGUAAGACGUCCAACGUUCAGAUAAUGACGCCUUCUUGUCGGAACACGUUUCGUUCAGUUGGCGAGCUACUAAUGUAAACGAGCCACAUUGCACAUGGAAGGACGCCACAGUAUUU